CAUUAGCUCACAUGCAAAUGUCAAUGUUAGGGCAAAAGCAAGGGCAUUUACAAUUUGGAAACCUGACUUAAAGUAUGAUUACCAGAAGGUGAUCAGACAAAAAAAUAAAAACAAAAUAUGACCAAUGACAAAACUCUCAUGCAACAUCAUGCAACACAAAAAUGUGAUAUCCUACUUCAAUUAACAAUUGAAAAGCAUGUCAACAGGUUUGCCAAAGACAAUGACGAUGCAUCCUGUAUGUCUGACGGCCAGCUGUGAAAACAACUCAGCCUCACUCUCUGAAACGACAAAAACCAGAACCCGCAGUGACCAGAAAGUCUUUGUCAGGCUUCCGUGACAGUAAGACCAGAUCCAUUCUGUCAUGCCAAGUGAGCAAUAUGAUUCUCAGCCUCUGACAGUAGGGCCCAGGCAUAAAGAUAAAUAGCAGCCGGCAGGUACAAUGGCAGCAGAACCUGUGUUGUGUUGUGUUGUUUGCACAGAGCCUUAAUUAAUAACCUGGCAGCAGCAGCAGUGUUUCUUGAGCUCUAUUGUGGCUCACGUAAUCAUAUUGUCUUGUGCCGUGUCUGCUUUAUGAUGUCACUAACUUGUCUAUUUAAGACCUAAAGCUUGGCAGAAGAGCAAGCAGAGGAUGCUGCAAAGGAUGCUAGAAAGCUAUUAAUCAACCUGCAAGGGAUUAGUUUGAAUUUCGAUGUAGUCUUCUGGCUCUUCUUGCGAUGCCAAUGUCACUAACUAUUAGAUGCAGUCUAUGGAGGGCUAUGCUCUUAUGGACUCUACUCACUGUAGGAGGCAGCUAUGCUGAAACCAACUGCACAACUCGCAGAUGUCUGGCAGACAUGUUGGUCAACAAAAAAUUAAUCACUCAGCCGCAGCGUGACAACUGUACUCAGUUCAUAUACGUAUCAUCUAUUGAGUACCAGACCAUCAAAGUGGACACAAAGAAUCUUCGUUUAAACUGUCGCCUACAAGCCAUAGUUGAAUGGACAGAUGACGACUUGUACUGGGACCAGUCGAUUUACGCGUACGACGAGGUCAUUUUGCCCGUAAACAAAGUGUGGACCCCGGAGAUCCAUAUAGCCAAUGGAAUAUCAGCAAGCACGCAGAACGGCUUUCGUGACCUGCUGGCGUUCAGCAACGGCACCUUGAGGCACAGACUGGUGAUGACAGCAUCGAUCAACUGCGAGUUUAACCUCUUCAACUACCCCUUUGCUGAAGACGAGUGUCCGGUGGCCAUCCAAGCCUGGUCCACGCAAGGAUGCGGAACACACAUGGAAAUCGGUACUGUGACGGUGUUUGACGGUAGCCAUGGCGACUGGGAAACACUGGGCGCUUACCUCCACUCUCCAUCUUAUGACAGAUACUUCAUCUCGGUAGUGCUGAAGAUCAGACAACAGAACCCCUUCAUCACCCUCCUGCUGCCGAGCAUUCUGCUCAUCUUGGCCGAUAUGGUGAGCUUCGCCCUGCCGCUGGGAGGCGGCGAGCGCAACUCUUUCAAGGUCACCCUGGUGCUCAGCUUCACCAUGUUCCUCCUAAUCCUCAACGACCAGCUGCCUGGCGACAGCGAGUGCAGCCCCGUGAUCAAAAACCACUUUUGUGUGUGCCUGGUGAUGCUGGUGAUCAGCAUGCUGGUCUCCAUGGUGCUCACUCGCGUGGCCAGAGAUGGAGGCAUCAUUUUCUGUUGCUGUCGCAGAGGACCAGAGCCUGGAAGCAACCAGGACAAAGCUGGUCAAGAAGUCAAAGCAGACAUCAGUGUCAUCCAGCUGAACGACUCAGAGGACAAUCAGAUGCUCAAGAAGGUGGUGGACUUCCUGGAGGCCAUGAAAGCCAAGGAGUUGGAGACAGGCAAGAACGAGAUCUAUGCUGAUAAAAUAGACAAGGCCUUUUUCUGGUUCUAUUUCAUUUUGGGCGCGCUGUACUUCUGCGCUAUGAUCACAGUGAUGGUGAAAUACAACUGCCAGGUUAACCACUUGGACUUCUGGUAGCUGCUGCCUUCCUGCCGACGCUCAUAUUCAUGAAUACACUGUUGCAUUUAUUGGACCACCGCUUGCACCGUUAAUGCUGGAAAUGUUGCACAUACAUGAGAAGUAAAUAGUAAGCAUCUUCAUUGAAUCAUUUUACCUCCUCACUGAAGAUACAAUUAAUAUAUAAUACAUUUUAUAGGCCUUAUUUAGUACUGGCAUGUCGUUAAGAGCUGAACUUCAUAAACAGGUUUGUCGCCAUCUAGUGGCUGCAAUAUUCACUGCACGCAGAAUGAGCUACGACUGUAUUUAGCUUGACUUUUAUUCCACAAAAUUGUUACUGUAAUAUACUUGCUUUUCCAAUUGUU